UCCUCCGGUGGAGCUUGACUAUUUACAACAAUAUAACGUGAAGCCUUUCUGACGCUGCCGUGCACCGCAGACCGGGAGGCGACCCGUCGGGAACAGAUCACCCCAAGGCGCGGCGUCUGUCUGCAUUCGUCUGAGAGAACGAGAGAGAGAGGGAGCAGAGACACACAUACCGCACAGCCAGCCAGACACCAUGCGAGGAGAAGGCAUCCCUCACUGCAGAGUGCUGAAAUGUUAGCACUGAAGAGCCAGUGUGUCAGAUCAAAUCAGCAGACUGUUUACAUUCGGGUGGGGGGGGAUACGAGCUGCCAGACACCAGACCCACUAACGCCCCGUGUGCAGUUUAAGGCCCCUAUCGGUUGCGAUCAAGAAAAGACGUGUUAACGCUUCCAUCAGCACUCUCUGUCACCCCCUCACGUCAGAUUCAGCAAUCCAGAAGCGAGCCGGGAUGGAGUGGUCGCUGGAGAGUGUGAGGGAGAUGGUGGCUGGAGGGAUGCAGUCUGUGAGGGAGUGUGAGAUCUGUGCCUUGGCCAUAGCCAUGUGCGUGCUGCUGCUGUUCAUGUGGUACUGCUACAGGGUGGGCCGGGAGCACGGCUCGAGCCCCCUGCGUGGGAGGUAUCUGGCCGGGCCUGGCCGGAUCGGAGGCGUUGUGGGAGGCUUCAUGAAUACAGACUGUCGUGGCAGGGGCAAAGGGAAACUGGGAUCGUUGCUGGAAGAGCAGAACGGCUUCGCUUUCUGCCAGUCGUCCGAGUGUUUCCGCUGCACCAGUGCCGGGGAGAGCCUGAACCAGAGGCUCUACCACAGCCUGCAGGAUUACGCCAAGCGCUACACCUGGUCCGGCAUGGGCAGGGUGCACAAAGGAGUCCGCGAUCAAGGCCGCUACCUCAACAGCAGACCAACCAUCCAGCGGCCGGAGGUCUUCUUCCUGCCCGACCUGCCGUCAGCGCCGUUCUUCUCCCGGGAGAUACAGAGGCAUGACGUGGAGCUGCUGGAGCAGAGCUUCCCCGCCCUUCUGGCUGAGUUUGAGAGCAUCUACCACCAGCCUCCGGCCCGCAGCGGCUCCUCUCUGCCGCCGGGGUGGAAGGUCAACAGCACCCCCCGCGGGACGUGGUGGACCUACUACCUAGUCAACCAAGGCACCCCUCUGGUUCUGAAUGUGAGGAGGUGUCCGCGGGCGUGGAGGGUGCUGGGACAGCUGCGCACCUUCAUCGCCAACAACGUGUUCGGCAACGCCUGCUUCUCUGUGCUGACGCCCGGAGCUCUGAUCACCGAGCAUUACGGUCCGACAAAUGUCAGGCUGCGCUGCCACCUGGGUCUCAGAGUUCCCCCUUCCUGUGAGCUCGUGGUCGGUGGAGAGCCACAGUGCUGGUCCGAGGGAAGCUGUCUGCUUUUUGAUGACUCCUUCCUCCACCGGGCUUUUCACGAGGGCGGUGCAGAGGACGGCCCCAGGGUGGUCUUCAUGGUGGACCUGUGGCACCCCAACGUGGCCGCUGCUGAGAGACAAGCCUUGGACUACAUUUUCACUCCGGGCCGCUUAGAGGACAGGGAAGGGAAAUAAGGUGUGAGUGAGAAACCAUGUCCAAGCGAGAGACGGAUGGCCUUUAGAGAGGUGUCUGUAGGAUUGGGGAGCAACUCUUCUUUUUUUUUUGCUCUCUCUGCCUCCAGACCAGCUCUCACUUUCACUGUGUACAUAUACAGUAUCGGUCGUAGCUCUUCUUAGCAGAUGACAAAACAUUGGGCCUCUUUUAUCAAUCAUGUUCAUGUUUUUUGCCUGUAUACUGAAAGACAGCCACACGUGAAAGUACUUCAAACCUGAGCAGGUGCACGAUUGUUUACGCAAACAUUUGACUUGAGUGUAUUAAAACCAUAGCAGAGACAUGUGAGGUUAUUUCUUUCAUUGGUGUUUGUUAGUUAGCAAGAUUACGCAAAAACUACAGAACCAAUUCCCAUGAAAUGGGGUGGGAAAUGACCUACGGACUUUAUCCGCCUGGCCGCCAUAGAAUCCGAUGUGCAAAACAUUUUAAAAAAUAAUUUGACACACGUAGAAGACACCGUCAAAGAUGUCAAAAGAGUUUGUGGUGAUAAAAACUGACGAAUGUACCGUAAAUACGAUCAAGUGAUUCUGCAGCUGCAUUAAUACGUCACUUCUGCCUCUGCUAGCUUUACCCGGCUCCAGCUCUCGUGAGUAAUACCGGGGAUUUGAUGCUGUUGUGAACGUUGAGGACCUCCCACUGUGCUGUGCAUGUGUGAAAGAGAGACCACGGGUAAACUCCGUAGACAGUUCUCUGGAUUUUACCCUGAGUGGAUGAAAACAGUUAAGGAGGUCCAUAAGGCCAACCUGCUCUAUUCACUUUACAUGAACUGCAGUCAUUGGGCAAGCCUUCCUGUGUCCUGACCUCCUCCCAGGCAUCAGGACACACAAAUCACAACAGCACAUGACUUGACUACACUAAACAUCUAACACAUGCUAUGGAUUAUUUUACUCUGACUUAUCUAGAUACACCCACAUACAUUUCUGCAAGGGCUAAGAUAUUUGAUCAUUCAACUUUUUACAUGACUCAACAUAUCCAGUCCCACUCCAGCUUAUCAUUUUGUGUCUGGAAAAGACACAACUGUCAGUGGGUUUGAAUAUUUUCAUUUCAGAACAGAGCCACAACAAACAUUUGACUUUUGCCUGCUUGCAGAAUGUAUAUUUUAGUGAUUGUAGCUUCCAUAAUGUAUUUGUGUAAAAGUAACACUGAAGUUGAGGAAGCACUCGUUACACGUUCAAUGAAUUUGGUUCUUGUUUUGCUACAGUUUGGGAUUUUAAUAACUUCUGACCAAACUGGCGACUGCAGAUAGAUCUAUGGGAAUGUCGCGGUUGUUCCAAUGACAUGUUCCUGUGUUAAUCAUUAUUAAGGCAAACAGAUUUCAUCCACAUGUGGUUUGAUAUUUGAGGUCCAAUGUCAGUCGCGACAUGAAUGUUUACAGACGUCUCUGUCUCGACGACUCCUGCUGGUGUGGUAGUUAUUUGUGCUCCUCUCUGGAAAAGUCCGCCCUGCUUUCUCAAGACAUGGUUAGAGAAGCACAUUUUUAGGUCCAACUGUGUGAGUCGGCCUGUGCUGUGUCACUGGAUAUGAAGUGUUUUUGGUAAAUUUACUAAACUCUUGUAAUUUGCUUGUAUUUGAUAUCAGGUUUGUAUUUCUGUAAAUAGGGUUGAGUUAAAAAGAAAACAACAACGACUGAACAGUCUGAGAUGUUUUGAAAUGAUUGUCUUCAAUGCUAUAACUAUUGUGUUGUCUUGAUUUUACAGCUGAAGUGAUGGCAUUUUCAUUCUCCGUUCUCAAAGAGCCAACCAUGAGAUCAUUUUGAUAGAUUGAAUUUGUAGAUUCUGUAAAAUGUUUAUGAAGUAUUAUCUCCGUUGUUCUGUGACGUUUUUUUAUUUUAGGACUCUGUCAUUUUUGCAGCGCCACACGUUGCCCAUUGUUAAAGCCACAACCCCGGAUUCUUCGACAGCACUUCAUGGGCGUUCGUGCACAGUGUGGAAAGGUAGCGACAAAUCAUCUUUAGCAUCUUUACAAGUCCACUGCAAUUCAAGAUAAUCAUGGAGUCAAUUCCAAUGUUUACAGAAGUGUGAUCAUUUUCAAGUUGUUUACAACAUCGGACGACACCGACACUCACAUUGAGCUGUCCAUAACUACUGUAGAUUUGAAAUCAAGAGUGCUUUAAAUCCACUUAGGACAAUGAAAUCUGUCAUUCCGAAGCAUUUGCUUUACAGUAUAAGAUGGGGCAACCGUAUUGUUUACAUUAGGGUUAAAGAUUUGUGCUUUAACACAGUCUUGUGUGGAUUUUGAACAGUAUUUCUGUACAUUUAAUAAAUGGUAUCUUAUCUAA